AUGCUCAUGAGGAAGAGAAGCACUUCAAAUCGGAAAGCCCUACUCAAUAUGGCUCUCAUCAAACCAGAAUCUUAUUUCUUCACCUUUGUAACAACAGCUUUCAAUUCUGAAUCUCACCAUUCACUAACAAGCCCAACUUUCCCAUUGGAUUUCAAACCUCUUCUCCUCAACUUCUUUACAUCAUCAUCACCAUCGAAACCAUCAUCAUCAUCAUCAUCAUCAUCUAAUCAAGUUCAACAUCAAAAUCACAAGACAUGGGAGGAUUAUUCCAACAAAGUAGGCCUAAGCAUCAUACAUUCCCUCCAAGAUAAUGAUGAUGAUUGUGCCAAUCAGCAGCACUCAAUGGUCCUUCAGUCUAGGAGGAUAAUAAGAGACUCCUCUCACCUCCAAAGUUCUAAAACAUCAUCAUCAUCAUCAUUACCUGAUAACUCUAUUAAUGUCCUUCAACUUAGCGAGAUUCAGCUCUCUGAGGAUUAUACUUGUGUUACAAGAAAAAACGGUCCCAACCCCAAAGUAACACAUAUUUUCAAUGACUGUAUUUUACAAUUCUCCCAAAACCAUACUUUACCAAAUGACUUCUUGAGUUUCUGCUACACUUGCCAAAAGAAGCUGGAGGGUGAGGACAUUUAUAUGUACAGAGGGGAGAAAGCAUUUUGCAGCUGCGAAUGCCGAUCAGAGGAAAUCUACAUUGAAGAAGAAAAGGAGGCCUUGGAGAUAAAUGGCAAUAACUCUCCUCAGAACUCUGACAACAAGCUGAGUGAUAUCUAA